ACGGAGUCGGAGACGGAGACGCAGACGCAGCGCCGCGGCCGCCUCAGGCCCGCCGGGGCUCCGCGGGGCGCCGCAGCCCGCCGCAGCCCGCGCCUCGCCGCGGCCCGGCCCCCGAGCGCGCGGCCUGUGCGCGCGGCCUGUGCGGACGGAGGGAGCGGCGGCACCUAGCGUCCUGUCAGGCGGCGGUGCGGCGGACCCACGCCACGAUGAUGCCGAUGAUUUUAACCGUGUUCUUGAGCAACAAUGAACAGAUUUUAACAGAAGUUCCUAUAACACCAGAAACAACUUGUCGAGACAUUGUAGAAUUCUGUAAGGAACCUGGGGAAGGCAGUUGCCAUUUAGCUGAAGUGUGGAGGGGAAAUGAGCGUCCUAUACCCUUCGAACAUAUGAUGUAUGAACACCUUCAGAAGUGGGGGCCACGAAGAGAAGAAGUGAAGUUUUUCCUUCGACAUGAAGAUUCCCCAGCUGAGAGCAGUGAACAAGGUGGCCGGCAGACCCAAGAUCAAAGAAGUCAGAGAAAUGUAGUUAGUGUACCUGGUGAAAAGCACUCUGAGAAUGGGGUUGGGAACCCGCGUGUGGAGCUCACCCUCUCGGAACUUCAAGACAUGGCGGCGCGGCAACAGCAGCAAAUUGAAAGCCAGCAGCAGAUGUUGGUCGCCAAGGAACAGCGCUUACAUUUUCUGAAGCAACAGGAGCGUCGUCAACAGCAGUCUCUUUCUGAAAAUGAAAAGCUCCAGAAGUUGAAAGAACGAGUUGAAGCCCAGGAAAAUAAGCUUAAGAAGAUCCGUGCCAUGAGGGGACAAGUGGACUACAGCAAAAUCAUGAACGGCAACCUGUCUGCUGAAAUAGAAAGGUUCAGCGCCAUGUUCCAGGAGAAGAAGCAGGAGGUGCAGACUGCAAUCCUCAGAGUCGACCAGCUCAGCCAGCAGCUGGAAGACUUAAAGAAAGGAAAACUGAAUGGUUUCCAGUCGCACAACGGCAAGCUGAUGGGGCCGGCCGCCGUGGAACUAAAAAGACUGUACCAGGAGCUGCAGAUUCGCAACCAGCUUAACCAGGAGCAGAAUUCAAAGCUGCAGCAACAGAAGGAGCUCUUGAACAAGCGUAACAUGGAGGUGGCCAUGAUGGACAAGCGGAUCAGCGAGCUCCGGGAGCGCCUGUAUGGGAAGAAAAUCCAGCUGAGCCGUGUAAAUGGCACAUCGUCACCACAGUCACCGUUGAGCACGCCGGGCAGGGUGGCUGCUGUGGGGCCAUAUAUCCAGGUUCCCAGCACUGGCAGCUACCCCAUCCCAGGGGACCCUGUAAAGCCCCAGUCCCUCACCAUCACCUCAGGUGCUUCCCACGGAAGAUCCAAGUCAGUUAGUGACGGGAACUGGCCGACACUGAAGCAGAAUCCGAGUUCUGCCGUGAAGCCAGCCCAGCUGGGCAGUGCGGAGUGGAAGGAUGCGGGGGUGGACGGGCCUGUCAAGCCGGGGACUGUGUCUAGCCAGCCUGUGCCCCUGUCGGCGCUGGGAGCCUCGGAGAAGCUGGGCCACGAGACGGGCAAAGCACCACCCCCCGUGCCUGGGCUGGGCAAGCCGCCGCCCCCGAGCUACGGCACGUACCCGAGUGCUGCGCCUAUGGGCCCAGGGGCCACCAACUCUCUGGAGAGGAGGAAGGAGGGCAGCCUGCCCAGGCCUGGCACAGGGCCCUCUGGUCGGCAGAAACCUGCUCCCCCGCCGCCCGCGCCCCCACCCGGCUCUUCGCAGCAGAUCCAGCAGAGGAUCUCCGUGCCUCCAAGUCCCACGUAUCCGCCAGCCGGGCCGCCGGCCUUCCCAGCUGGGGAUGGCAAGCCUGAGCCGCCCCUGACAGUGGCCAUCCGGCCCUUCCUGGCUGAGAAGGGGUCCAGGCCGCAGUCCCCCCGGAAAGGGCCCCAGACCGUGAAUUCAAGCUCCAUCUACUCUGUGUACCUGCAGCAAGCCGCACCGCCCCGCAGCUACCAGCCCCCGGCGCACAGCGCCAAGUCCGUCAAAGCAGUGUACGGCAAGCCCGUGCUCCCGUCCGGCUCUGCGUCCCCGUCCCCGCUGCCGUUCCUGCAGGCCGCCGUCUGUGCGCAGCCGCCCCCAGAGGGCUCGGAGAGAGAGCCCGAGCCUGAUGGUCCAGCUCUGCCCGGCGAGGGCGGCUCAGGACCCGUGGAGAGCCUGGCGCGGCCGCUCAGCCCCACCAAGCUCACCCCCAUGGUGCACUCGCCCCUGCGCUACCAGAGCGAUGCUGACCUGGAGGCCCUGCGCCGCAAGCUGGCCAACGCGCCGCGGCCUCUCAAGAAGCGGGGCUCCAUCACCGAGCCCGAGGGCCCCGGCGGGCCCCACAUCCAGAAGUUGCUGUACCAGCGCUUCAACACACUGGUGGGCGGCAUGGAGGGCGCCCCGUUCUACCAGCCCGGCCCCGCUCAGGACCUCAUGGGAGCCCUGGCCGACAUGGACAAUGGCAACCUGGGGGAGGCUGGCCCGAGGCCCCCGGAGCCCGCCCCCGCCUCUGAUGCCAACGACAACCAGCUGCCCUCCCCAGCGUCUGCCCCGCCUGGCUGUCCCCCCACUGUGCCCCCCACGGCUGAGCCCGAAGAGGAUGACAACAACAACGUGGCCGCCGCUGCCUCCCCUGCCGAGCAGGCACCCAGCCCUGCGGGCGACGCCCCUGCCCCCGCCGAGGACCCACUCCCUCUCGAGGCUCCCCCUGAGACGCCAGCACCCACGGCCUCUACGGGCAAGAGGACCAACCUGAAGAAGCCCAACUCGGAGCGCACGGGGCAUGGGCUGCGGGUGCGCUUCAACCCGCUGGCCCUGCUGCUGGACGCCUCUCUGGAGGGCGAGUUCGACCUGGUGCAGAGGAUCAUCUACGAGGUGGAAGACCCCAGCAAGCCCAACGACGAGGGCAUCACCCCGCUGCACAACGCCGUGUGCGCCGGCCACCACCACAUCGUCAAGUUCCUGCUGGACUUCGGGGUCAAUGUGAACGCCGCCGACAGUGACGGCUGGACGCCUCUGCACUGCGCCGCCUCCUGCAACAGCGUGCACCUCUGCAAGCAGCUGGUGGAGAGCGGCGCCGCCAUCUUCGCCUCCACCAUCAGCGACAUCGAGACGGCGGCCGACAAGUGUGAGGAGAUGGAGGAGGGCUACCUGCAGUGCUCCCAGUUCCUCUACGGGGUGCAGGAGAAGCUGGGUGUCAUGAACAAGGGCCUGGUGUACGCCCUGUGGGCCUACGAGGCCCAGAACAGUGACGAGCUGUCCUUCCACGAGGGUGACGCCCUCACCAUCCUGAGGCGCAAGGACGAGAGCGAGACGGAGUGGUGGUGGGCGCGGCUUGGGGAGCGUGAGGGCUACGUGCCCAAGAACCUGCUAGGGCUGUUCCCUCGGAUCAAACCCCGCCAGCGCACGCUUGCCUGAGUGGCCCUGAGCUGCGGGACGAGAGCUGGCGGAGCUCCCAGAGGACAGGUCUGGCCAGUUACCGUGACUCAAAUAAACACCCAGCUUUCCAAACCAGCGCCCUGGCCUGAAUCCCUACGGGUCUCCAGCGCCUCAGCAGAGCUGGUGGGGUGGGGCUGUGAUCCCCAGAAUCCACCAGCUGCCCGCACGCCCCCAUUACCAGAGGAUCCCGGGUGGCAACUUCAGGCAGCGGUCCGGGGCCCACGCCCAGGUAUGCAAGGGCAGUCGGUCCUGUUCCUCCGGGCCAGAGGGAGGGCAGAGCUGUAGUUUGAAAAUAGGUUUAAUCGUGAGCUUUAUAUACAAAUUAUUGUACAGUUCUCUUAAUAAAGUGAAGUUGUGAGUGAGAAUACAAAA